CGGCGACACUAGCGCAUCCUAUAGUAGCAACCUGUAGCUUUGUCCUCAAUUUCGACGGAGAGUUGCCGGGCCCUGAUGGCGGCUUCUGAAACGAAGUGCACGAGCUAUCGUACGUAACCGAGCGUGUGGCUGCGCUGUUGCAGGAAGUGGAACGACGAGGAGAUGGAGCUGCUGUGGCAGGCCGUGACGCGCUUCGCGGGCCACCUGCGCCGCGUGGAAGAGCACAUCCUCGCCCGGCAGGCUUCAGAAAAUAAACAAAGAGUUAAGACUGAGGAAUUUGAAGAUGCAGAAAUUCCUUAUGAAUCAACAGUGAAUGUACAAAUGUCUAAUGAUACUUCAGAUCAAGAAACAUUUGAGAAGUCUGAAAUUGCUGAUGCAACGUUCUACAGAAGAGCAACUCGUGAUGAUCAGGAAGAUGAUGAGAAUAAUGUCAAUGCAAGAACAAAUGCUGGGUUUGUGGGAAUCUGAUAAACAAUAACCCAUUUUAAGACAUGUAAUUUAUGAAACCUGUAGGAACACCUCUGAAAAUUCUGCAAAAGCUUUGAAAUGAAAAUUGUAAGUUGGAAUUGCUCUGUUUAGUUUAAAACAGUUAAAUGUUUAGGAAAUAAUAUCUGUACAAAGAGAGGAAAAUAGUCAAAAGAUAUUCUCUCGUAUUUGUCACAGAAAUUGUCUGUAAAUUAAAAAAGAAAUACAGCAUAACUUUUGAACAUUACACUCUUAUUUUGCAGCUGUAGUAGUGUGUCCACAACUUUAAUUAAAGCUCAUUUAUAUUUGAUUGAAAUUUCUUGUAAAACCUUCCUAAUUACAAAACAUUGUAUUUAAGUAGCAUAUUCUGUACUCUACCUUCAAUCUACUUCAUACUUCAAUGAAAUAUACUUUUGUUACUAAUCCCUUUGCUUUGUGCCCUUGGCUGUCCAAGAGCCGCUGCGUCAAAGGCUGUGAUGCCAAGAUUUCAACCACCUUGUCAUCUUCCUCAGGGCUAGUCUGUGAUAUUGGAGUUGUAGGCAGACCAGCCCUGAGGAAGAACCAUCGCCUGGACAGCCAAGAUCAUUUGGAAGACUUUGGCCAUGGAAACCAUAAGCUUCACAAUCCCUAAGUUUCUUCAUGACUCUGCAUAAAAUAACAUUAAUUCUCAUUCUAAAAUUGUCAGGUCAGUUGCCAGCGUCCUUCACUUUGUCUUUCAGAUUCAUUUCCGAUCAUAUUCUCUCCUGCCUAUUUCAUACAUUUAUGCCCAAAGUAUACACAUGCAUACACACAACAAAUGAGGAUUCUUUAAAUUAUAGUAAAAGGCUUCCGAUGGAAGUUCACUUAAUCCAAGUUGUCUACUCUUCCUUCAGAGAAUGGAGAUAUCCCUUAGAUGCCUUUUUAAUGCAGAUGUUUGUUGCCUGUCUACAAGGGAUGAUACUUGCAUCUAUGCUCAAUGUUUCAAUCUUAUGUUCAUGUUCUAGUGACUAAAUCUAUGAGGUAUCCUCAAAAACUAAUAUUACAAGAGCACUGACAGUGCUCCAACAUAAUUCCUAACCACUUCCAAUCGUUCAUGAGAGAUGUCUCCAUUCAAUUAUUCUCUUAUACUCUGUCAACUGUAGCCUCUGACCACUUCCUUUGGAGCAUCAGAAUGUAUAAGGGAUAAAAUGGAAAGAAUAUUUGAACAGCCAAAAUAAAAAAAGAGCCUGUUUAUUGAAAUAUUUCUCAAAACUUCAAGGCACACAAAACACACAUUCUCAUCUUUAACAAUAAAGAACAAAUUCAAAUCUCCCUCAUAAACAUGUGGAACAGCUCCUCUGCUCACACACUCACAUGCAAAACUGCAGAAAAGGUGAAUGUUCCUCUUUUGACAGAACAAAAAGUAACUUACGAUGAGAAGACUUUUCUACCACGGCUUGUGUGUUACAGAAGGUGCUAUUAACAGCUGUGGUGUAUCAAAGAUACUGUAGGUAUGGCAUAUGACAAAGGGGACUCCAUUAAUUACACAGACACACAAAAUUUAAAAAGUUCUCAGACCCAAAGGCUUGACACAUUUCUCAUGUAUGCCUCUAUGUAUGUAUGUAUCAGCUAUCAUACAUGUAACUCUUGGACAGACCUUUGAGGGACACUGAUGCGAGAAGAGUUGAAAAACAUUGCAAAU